CACUCAAGCCAUAGAAGACAGUGAAAGAAGAUUCAAGCGCAGCCUCCGAGGAGAGUGAGAGAAAGUGUUUCUUUUACUGUCUAUGGAGGAAGUUGAUUCCACCUGGAGCAACUUGACGUGACUUGUCAACGUUCGGAGAGAACCGAGUCAGACCACAAAAUGAGGCGCAAAGAGAAGAGAUUGCUGCAGUUUGCUGGUUUGCUUAUUGCAGCCCUUCUUUUUUUGCCUAACGUGGGGUUGUGGUCUUUAUAUCGAGACCGAAUGUUUGAAAACUCGCCCGAAAUAGUUGAAAGACCGGGCGACAUCUCCUCCCACAUGCAGCAGGCGUUGCGGAGGGACGGACUGCGGAGGAAAGACUGGCACGAUUACGAGACCAUCAGAAGGGACGCAGCACGGACAGGUAAUGGAGAACAGGGUAAACCAUUUCCCCUGACUGAUGCGGAUCGUGUGGAUCUGGCGUACCGUGAGAAUGGCUUCAAUAUUUACGUCAGCGACAGAAUAUCACUCAACAGAUCGGUACCUGACAUCCGACAUCCAAACUGUAAGACUAAACUGUACUCUGAGAAGCUUCCAAACACCAGUGUUGUGAUCCCCUUCCAUAACGAGGGAUGGUCAUCGCUGCUCAGGACUGUCCAUAGCAUUCUCAAUCGGUCACCUCCACAGCUCAUCGCAGAGAUCAUUCUGGUGGAUGACUUCAGCGAUAAAGAGCAUCUGAAGUCUUCUCUAGAGGACUACAUGGCUCGGCUGCCAAAGGUCCGCAUCCUGCGCACCAAGAAACGGGAAGGACUGAUCCGGACACGUCUGCUUGGGGCGGCUGCGGCCAAGGGUGAAGUCAUCACCUUCCUGGACUCACACUGCGAGGCCAACGUGAACUGGUUGCCCCCUCUGCUUGACCGUAUUGCCCAGAACCGCAAGACGAUCGUGUGCCCGAUGAUCGAUGUGAUCGACCACGAUAACUUUGGCUACGAGACGCAGGCCGGGGAUGCCAUGCGCGGGGCGUUUGACUGGGAGAUGUACUACAAGCGCAUCCCCAUCCCCUCAAAGCUGCAGAACAGCGACACCAGUGAGCCCUUUGAGUCCCCUGUGAUGGCUGGCGGUCUGUUUGCUGUGGACAGGAAGUGGUUCUGGGAGCUGGGAGGAUAUGACACUGGACUAGAAAUCUGGGGAGGCGAGCAGUAUGAGAUCUCAUUCAAGGUGUGGAUGUGUGGGGGUCGAAUGGAGGACAUCCCCUGCUCUAGAGUUGGACACAUCUACAGGAAAUAUGUGCCAUACAAGGUUCCCGGAGGUGUCAGCCUAGCCAAAAACCUGAAGCGUGUGGCUGAGGUGUGGAUGGACGAGUAUGCGGAGUACAUCUACCAGCGCCGGCCAGAGUACCGACACCUCUCUCCCGGAGACACCACCGCCCAGAAGGAGCUGCGCUCACGGCUGCACUGCAAGAACUUCAAAUGGUUCAUGACGGAGGUGGCAUGGGACCUGGCCCUCCACUACCCACCUGUGGAGCCGCCCGCUGCAGCCUGGGGACAGCUGAAGAACGUGGGCUCUGGCUUGUGUAUGGAGACCAAGCACUUUGCCUCUGGCUCACCUGUGCACCUGGAGGUGUGUGGGAAAGGACACGGAGACUCCGGCUGGACCCACGGACAGGUGUUCACGUUUGGCUGGCGUGAGGACAUUCGUGUGGGCGACCCGCUGCACACCAAGAAGGUCUGCUUCGACGCCAUCUCCCACAACAGCCCCGUCACGCUCUACGACUGCCACGGCAUGAAGGGCAACCAGCACUGGCGCUACAGGAAGGAUAAGAGUCUGUACCACCCCAUCAGUAACAGCUGCGUAGAGAGCAACGCUGCUGAGAAGCGCGUGUUCAUGAACACCUGUGACCCCCUCGCUCCCAGCCAGCACUGGCAGUUUGAGAAGACCAACUCCUCCGUGCUCGAGCGCUUCAACCUCAACCAGCACUGACUAGAACUGAUUGACCAGGACUGACAUGACCAACCAGCAAUACAAAGUAGUGCUGAGCGAGACAGUGGACAACACAAUGGGGACGGGGGAGUGAUGGACAGGGCGUGUUUAUUAAGCGAAGACACCAAGUAGGAUUGGUGAAUAAUGGACACUGCUCCGGCUCGCCCAAUCGGAUCCUCCCAUCUCCUCUGACACGGUCGGGCGCUGGCUUUUCCACUCGGGUUUGUCCCGUGUGUGUGUGUGUGUGUGUGUGUGUGUGUGUGUGUGUGUGUGGCUCUUCCCCCUGAUUUGGUCUCUCGGCUUCAUCUCCAUGGAUGUGUCCCUCAACAUGUGGUCCUGCCGUUUCCUUCUUCUUUUCGAGGAGAAGACACUUUUUUUUGAUCACGGUUUCUCCUCCAUGGCCCCAAGACCAUCUUUUGAUUUCCUUGUUGUUGUUUUCUGCUACCUUGUCCAUCCUAGUGUGUCAGUAUUGAUUGACCACACAGAAGGUGGGCAUUGUGUACAGUGGAUGUCAAGGUUUUUCUCUUCAUUUUCGCUAACCUUUCCUUUCCUUUCCUACAGUAUGUGUUCCUUCCAUGCAGUAACCCAGCCCAGAUGCCAACAUGUGAGUUUGAGGCCCUCAUAGUGGCCUGAAAGGGUGUUUGUCUCUCCUUUUAUUUACUUUACUUCUUUCUUCCCUUCCUUCCUUAUUCCCUCCAUUUUCUCUCUCUUUCCCAAACAACAUGGCGGUCAGCACCACAGAAAUGGGGCACAGAACAGUCAGUCUAGAAAAAUGAGGAUGGACGUCAUACUGUAUCUCCAUCAGGUCUUGAGCCUUCAUUUCUGUCCCAAUUCCCAAGGCUCGGGUUUCCCCUAAAUCUGUGUCUGUGAUAAAGAUGAAUUCAAAAUUAAAAAACACUCUCGGUAUCCCAUUACUCUGUGUAGUGAAAACAAUGCAAGGUUUUUAAAUGGCUAGUGAGGUAGAAUGAAGCCACAGUGCCUUACAGCUUAUAAACGGCUUCAGCAAGUAUGCUUUCUCUGCAGUGGAGCACACAAGGUGUCUGUGUGUGUGUCUGUGUGUGUGUGUGUGUCUUGCUUUAUUGAGUUUAGAGGGUCUACAUUGGUAAGAAACACUGGCUGCAUCUCUUUAUAGAAACCAAAUUGGUUAUGGAAAGAGAUUGUGGAGCGAUCUUGGAGAGACAUAUGGUGGGGCAAAAUGCAAAAUGGAGAUCAGUGUCAAAUUGAUGCAAAUCCUCUAGCUGGUUUAAGUUUUAAUUCAGCAUAUGGAGAAGACCUCAGACAAAAAUAGUUUUAUAGAUCUGUAUCUUCUUUCCUCAGCUGUGCACAUUCAAAAAUGUUAAGGUACAGUUAUCCUUCAAGUGGAGAAGAUGGAAACUAAACUGGCAUAUAUUUUUUGGUAGAAACUUGCUAUAUACAGCCUGAGAACAUGGAAUUCACAGAAAGAACUCGUAAUUUUUUAAGAAUUUGAUGGGUUAUUACAUUAUACAUGUAAAUUAAACAAACAAAAAAACAGGCUGUACAUUUUUGCAGUGGUCUGACAAAAAGACUUUUAAAAUCCUGUAUACCACUGGAAUAAUUGUAAAUUAUAUUAAUACAAUAAAUGUUAGAUUCUUUUGUCUUUUGAAUUAUGGAUGGUGACUUGCUUCCCACUUGUCCUCAAAAUCAUAUGCUAAUUCUUCCAGUUUUAUUAGAGCAAGGACAAUAAUGGCCACUUCAGAUGCAGAAUGAGAUAAUUAAUGAUCUAUUUAUACAAGCAUAUUGUUUACAAGAUGGCAUUAUCACUUUAUUUGAUUCAGAAUUAAACAUGUGGGUUUAUUCACAAUACAUCCGGUUGGUUAUGGAAAGCAUAGGACAUUCUUGUCAAGAUUUUAAUGUAUUAACAUGUCUUUGUUUUCUAAUACAUUAUAAUGUAUAAGUUGUAAACAUUUGAAGACUUUGACUACAAUAAUUUGAAUACCUUUAGACAUCGCACCCCAGGUUGGCCAUUAGAUUUCAUGAAUGGAACACACAGCUGUGUUCUUUGCAGAAAUUGGACAAAAAGAUGUAAUUUGGCAGUUAUUGUUUACAUGUGUCCUGCAUUGCAUCUUUCCAUUGCAUUGCAUUGCAUCUUUCCAUUUUCAUUUCUUUGACCGAACUGGUUUUGCUCAUUUCUGUGAAUUGUCUUUUUUUUUUUUUUUUUUUUUUUUACCUUGCAACCAUUCCACUACAUUGGAUAACUUCUAGUAUAGUUAUGUUAUGUUUUAUUUUAUCAGUGCCUGAUGACAUUCUGAUGAAUUCAUUAUCAUCCUCAUUUUGUUUUUAGACAUCAUAAAAAAACAUGUACAGAGUUCUUCUCAUUCAAUAGAAAACAUUAUGCACUGGAAGUUUACAGGAGGAAAGAACAAAAUUCAGCAUUAUAAUAGAUACUGUGUUGAACCAGUGUAUUUAACCAUUGUAGUACUCAUGUGCAUAUUGACACCACCAUUGCAGGAAUAUCAUGUUUAUGGCCUCAACCUCCUAAAGUUGUCUAAAUAACUUAAGCAGUUUAUUAAUUUGUACUUAGAAUAUAAUUUACAUUGUGAGUUUACAACGUUACGCAAACAACCAGAGCCUAAUUUUAUCUUUGUGGUGAAAUUGAUUGCCAUGAUUUUAUGUACAAGACACAUAACUUUGAGUACUACAUGGUAGAGUCUUAACUUAUGACCGUAGCAUAUAUGAACAAAGGUGUGCAGCCUUGAUUCAUACUCUUUGGUCAGGAAGAGCUUUUUUAUUUUGAAAGUCUGCCACACGUGUAAGCCAGAAAUAGGACUUCUUCAGUGGCUGAUUUGCAUAAUAACAGAAAAUGCUAACUGUUCGGGGUAUUUCUUAACUGUUUUGUAAUAUCAAACAGUGAUUCUCUGAGGACAAUGAGCCCAAAGUAUGAUUGAAGGUCGGGCACUUUUAGACUCUCACCCUGAUAUUUCUCUGAUAAUUUGUAUAAGACGUUAUUUUCAUAAAGUAUUCAUGUACCACUAGUACAGUGGGAGUGGCUUUGAGGAUGUUUGUUUGUUUUUGUUGUGGGGAUCUCGAAACAGGGUUGUAUCCUUAUGGUAAUGAUUUUGCUAUGAAGGAAUUAUCUUUUUUUGUUCGUCUUGGUGCUCUCACUUCAAAUUUGAGAUGUAGGGUACGUCCUGCUGCAGUUUCAUACAUUUUAAUUGCACGUGUAAAGAAUUUGGAAAUAUAGUAUUUUCAAUCAUGAUCAGAGUGAUCAAAAGGUGUAUAUACAUUUUCAUAAUGCACAAGUCAAGUCAUGUAGAGCAGUCUAGAAAACCAACUUUUUUAUAAUAUAAAAAUGGUUUAAUUUUCAAGGGCAUUGUUGACCACUCAAAACCUUUUACUGAUCACUCAAAACAACCAGUGAUCUUUUUUGUAAAAUAAAAAAAAGUAUUUUUAUAAGAAUUGUCUGGUUUCCUCUGAAAAAUAAACAAAUAAACUUAA